CCAUCUUCCCGUGUUUAUGGCAGCGCCGACACACCACGUGACACCCGCCGCUUCCGGGGGUGGCGACGGCGGCACCGGGAGGGGGGGGGGGGGGGGACGGACAUCGAGAGACGGAGCGGCACAGCCUGAACGGGAGACCCCGGGUGUCCCCGGAGACCGCUGCCCCCAGAGCUGGGUGUUCCCGAAGCCCUGUCCCCGCAAAGAAGUUGGUGUCUUGGCAAAGCAGUACCUUGAGAGAGGCCUUCUGGUGCCAGACCACGUCAUCACCCACCUGAUGAUGACAGAGCUGGAGAAACGUCGAGAGCAGCACUGGCUGCUGGAUGGUUUCCCACGGACGCUGGGGCAAGCGGAGGCGUUGGACAGGAUCUGUGAGCUGGACCUGGUGAUCAGCUUGAACAUCCCCUUCGAGACCCUCAAGGAUCGUCUGAGUGCCAGAUGGAUCCAUCCCCCCAGUGGCAGGGUCUACAACAUGGACUUCAACCCCCCCCAGGUCCAGGGUGUUGAUGACCUGACAGGAGAACCCCUGGUCCAGAACCUGGAUGACAAACCCGAGGCUGUUGCUGCCAGGCUCCGAAAGUACAAAGAUGCUGCAAAGCCAGUGAUGGAGCUGUACAAGAGCAGGGGAAUUCUCCACUCCUUCUCAGGCACAGAAACCAACAAGAUCUGGCCAUAUGUCUACACCCUGCUUUCCAGCAAGAUCCCACCCCUUCUCUCAGAUGAGGAGAACUAAAGAGCUUGUGCCAAGGACCAAGAGUUUGUUCCAUCAGGGAUUUGGGUUCUCUGCACGGGGCUGGGCUCAGAUUGGGUGAUGGAUGGGGCCGGAUCUCAAGUCCCUUCCCUGGGUGCUCUGGGUGACAUUGCUGGACACAAACUUAUUGUCAUUAUCAGGGUGAAAGGAUCUUUGCUUCUAAGGUCAAAUUUUCUAGAAUAAGGAUGUUUUUUUUCUCUCUCUUUUGAGGCCACAAAGGAUUCCCACCCGUGGGCCAUGUCCACACACAGACCAGGGAUGCAGACAAUGACCACCCUGGGUUUGGACAUCUUAUCCACCAUGUCACUGCCACCCCCAUGCAAAUCCCAGCCUCUCUUUGUGCCUCCAAGGUGCCAGCCCAUUGCUCCACAGUACCUUUCAAUGCAGAUUAGAAUGUAAAUUUUAUUUUUUAAAUCAAAUUUCUUUUCCUAUUAAACUUAUUUCUUAGAGGAACCAAGGCUCUAACAGCCAAGACCUGGUGGCAGCUGGUGAGCAACGGGGGAAAAAAACGACACUCCCAAGCUUAGAGAUGUGAAAAUCACAUUUCUAGUGCUAACACACACAAAGGAGGGAAAACUUUGGGGGUAAAGCAUCCAUUUUUGCUUCUUCCAAAGAGAGAGAGAGAGAGAUGAAACCCCUGGUACAAAUCAGUGCUGGACUGGUUACCAUGAGCUGCUGUGACCCUGAGCAGCAGGGGAUGAGUUGCACUCCUCUGUGCUUACCUUCCUUAGAGCUUUCAGUAUCCCAAGACACAAUCCCCUUUCUCCCAGGGAUGUAUUUUUUUUAUGCAGGCUUCAGUUUUGGGGAGAAAUCGAGUCAAUCCCUCUUUUGUGCUGCCUUUGUCCCUGAGGUCCCC